UAUUUGGUGUGGUGUGCGUGAAGACUGAAGAAAAAGCCGCACUCACUUGUGAAAAACACAAAAGAAAGAAGGAAAAAGAAAUCCGCAGGAAAAUUGGUGGCAGAGAGAGAGAGAGAAGAAGAAGAUGAAGAGAGAGCACGAGCAAGUGAGUGGGAAGAGCUGGAUGGGAGGCGGCGGUGUUUGGGAGGAGGAAGACGAGCUUCUCGCGGUGGUGGGUUACAAGGUGAGGUCAUCAGACAUGGCGGAAGUUGCUCAGAAGCUUGAGCAACUAGAAGAAGCCAUGUCCGAUGACACCAUCGCUCACCACCUCUCAUCAGAUACCAUCCACUUCAACCCCGCCGACAUCGGCACAUGGCUUGAAACCAUGCUCUCCAAUUCCAAUUUCGACCCCACUCCGGCAACCACCACCACCUCCGAUUACGACGACCUCAAAGCCAUUCCGGGAAGAGCAAUCUACGCUCCUGAUUCCCCUUCCUCCAGCAAACGCACCAAAACCUCCUCCUCUUCCUCCCCCUACGCCGAGUCGUCAACUCGCUCCGUCGUGGUUGUGGAUUCCCAGGAGAACGGGAUCCGGCUCGUGCACUCACUCAUGGCCUGCGCGGAGGCUGUCGACCGGAGCAACCUCGCCGUCGCGGAGGCGCUGGUGAAGCAGAUCGGACACCUCGCCGCGUCGCAAGAAGGCGCGAUGAGGAAGGUCGCUACCUAUUUCGCCGAAGGCCUUGCGAGAAGAAUCUACGGCGUUUACCCUCCUCAGCCGCAGCAGCAGCAGCAUUUCUUCUCCGAUUCGCUCCAGAUCCAUUUCUACGAGACUUGCCCUUACCUCAAAUUCGCUCACUUCACCGCCAAUCAAGCAAUCCUCGAAGCGUUUCAGGGAAAGGAUCGUGUUCACGUCAUCGAUUUCGCCAUCAACCAAGGGAUGCAGUGGCCGGCGUUGAUGCAAGCCCUCGCGCUUCGCCCCGGUGGUCCUCCCGCGUUCCGACUCACCGGAAUCGGACCUCCGGCACCAGACAACUCCGACCACCUCCAGCAGGUUGGGUGGAAGCUCGCUCAGCUGGCGGAAACCAUCCACGUCCAGUUCGAGUAUCGCGGCUUCGUCGCCAACAGCCUCGCCGAUCUCGACGCCUCCAUGCUCGAUCUCCGUCCGCCGGAGGAAGAAUCCGUGGCCGUCAACUCCGUCUUCGAGCUCCACAAGCUGCUCGCGCGCCCCGGCGCGCUCGAGAAGGUCUUCUCUGUCAUCCGGCAAGUCCAGCCGGAGAUUCUCACCGUCGUGGAGCAGGAAGCUGGCCACAACGGCGCUAGUUUCCUAGACCGGUUCACUGAGUCGCUCCACUACUACUCAGCCCUCUUCGACUCGCUCGAAGGCUCCUCCGCCGUCGAGUCGCAGGACAAGGCCAUGACGGAGAUCUACCUGGGGAAGCAAAUCUGCAACGUGGUGGCGUGCGAGGGUUCCGACCGGAUCGAACGGCACGAGACACUGACUCAGUGGCGAACCCGGUUCAACUCGGCUGGACUCUCUCCGGUUCACCUCGGGUCCAACGCGUUCAAGCAAGCUAGCAUGUUGUUGGCGCUUUUCGCCGGCGGCGACGGUUACAGAGUGGAGGAGAAUAAUGGGUGUCUUACUCUUGGUUGGCACACUAGGCCAUUGAUUGCCACCUCUGCGUGGCAACUCGCUUCUAAUUCGGUGGCGACUCACUGAUUCAACUCAGCUGAACUCAACUCAACUCGCAUCCUAGCUUUUUUUUUUGGUAGUUUUUAAUUUUAAUUUCAAUUCAUACCCAUUAUCAGAAAAGGAAAGCUAGAAGAAAAAAAAGUGAAUUGUUGUGGGGUUGAGAACUGAGAAGACAGUGUUCAAAUGUGAAAUGCUGAGCUGUGAGCACUAAUUGAUUGAUGCCUGAAACAUAGACCCACCAAUGUCCAUUUUCCUGUCCCAACUCAUGUCUAUGAUUCAUUUUCUCUGUUAAUUUACCUUUUUUGGGUUAGGACUUUUCCUUUUCCUCUGUGCUCAACCAUGAAUUUUCUGGUUUUUUCUUUUGGGUUGGGUUGGAAUCUCUUGUAAUUUUUCAGGGUUAAGUACUCUAAAAAGGUUACUACUGCUGCUGUGUAUUUAUUUAUCUAUCUAUCUAUGCAUGUUUUGAGUA